AAAUCGCGACAAAACUUCGCCGUGAAUUCUCUGCAAGACUUCGUCUAGUAGACGUGAUCAUGAAGUCGUUGAGCAUGCAGCUGGCGGGCUGGAGCAGAAUACAAACUACGACGUGUAGGGACGUGAGUUUGCGUGAAGAGCGCACUACAAGUCGUCGUUUGUGUACAGUGUAGACUUUGGUAGACAGCAGAUAUGCAUGAGAUGUCUUCGUUGAUUACAGCUGUAAUUGGAAGGUAUGCAUUAUGAAACUGAACACUAAUGAUGGUCCUAGGACCAACCGCAAUAUAUUGAGAAGAGGCGGUACCAUCCCAGACCCGUGGAGGACGAUUUUGAAUCGGCGCUACACGGGUCUGGGAGGUCGAGGCUAGCAGAGUUUGCGGUGUCAUCACUCCAUUUCGCCUACAAGUACACGUACGUCGUGUCCCUAGCGCGAUGAAGAAACCGAAUUCGAGGCACCCAGACUACACACGGGUCGAGCCUUUAUGCGUCUCGUCGACGUCUCGUUUCUGCUGUCUCGAAUCAAGGCUAGCCAGCCUGUUGAUCGGUAGCCUCUACGCGGUGUACAAUGCGGUGCUCAUAGUCGUGUGCGCGCUCAUACUUGCUGAUGGGAGUCUGCGAGCGUAUCUGACGAGGACGAUUUACGACAGCGUCGAUGGCAGCUCGAAUGUGUUUGAGGACACGGACGACGAUCAGGUUGACGGAAGAUUCUCAUGGUCUUUCUAUUUCUACGGAAUCACUGAUCUCAGUUACGCCCAGUUCGAUUACUGGUUUACACUUUGGAUCAGAAGUCAACUCAGUCUGGCAGUAUUUGUCUUGUCUUUGUCUCUAUCACUAGUGUACGGAAUUGCAGCUGUACAGCCAUGCUGUCUCAUGCCAUUUUAUAUAUGGGGUAUUUUUGACGUUGGCUUUACUUGCCUAGCUGUGUUCCAUUACACAGACUACCCGACUGCUUCUUAUGAAUUUUGGGCUGCAGUUGUUCUUACUCUGGUGAUCUUCGUCAAGUUGUAUUGGUUGUCUUGCAUUUGGGUAACAUAUCAAGAAACUGUGAGUGUGAGGAAAAGGAAUCUGGCACAGCAGCGAAACGUCACGAAGAAAGUGGAUUUGGAGAUGGGCAAAAUGACUCAUUAUGGAGUGUACAAGACAUAUGUUGAACCAGUCACUUCAAAGCAGCUUGAUGUUUGAGCAUCCUACUGGUGAACAUAGAGUGACUCUAAUUGUACAAACUAUGCCGUAGUUUCGUAUUUUGGUCGUAGUCAUAGUGGUGGUAGACUUCAAUUAGUAGUGCAGUUACUCAUUACAUUUUAGUGAUUUUUUGUUGGUUAUAGAACAGUUGAAUGUUCAUACAGUACAUGUUAUAAAAGACUUUCUGAAUUACAUUAGUAACGGGA